AUGGGUUUCGGUCGAUUUCUUUGCGUCGGUUUGCCAUUUGGCUUAACCCUCGCCAGUUUAGUCUGUCUCCUCAUUGCCUCCCUCGCUGGCGUUACAGACCAAUCUCUCGACCUCUUCGUUGUAAACACAACCAACCUCUCCAUUUCCUCCUCGGCUCUUCUCAGCCUCGAAAACUCCAUCCUCAAACGCGGCCUUGGACAUCUUACCGUCGCUGCUUUGACUCCUUCCGCCACCUCUGCAGAAACCAGCCUUGAGUCUGCUAUCGCUUCAGCAACCGGCACCGAUUCUGCAUUCAAUAUCACGGCGAAGGACCUCGGGUUGGCGGAUAGUUAUAAGGUUAGUUUGUGGGGUUACUGCGCUAUUACUGGCAAGAAUACAACAUGCACCAAAGCGAAAUUCAACUGGGCGGCUACUUCUCUCAAUACCACUUCGAUCGAUACUCUCACCUCUUCAACGAGAACCAAUGCCACGCUCCCCAGUGAAGUUACACAUGCGUUGAAGACGUUUGUGGUGGUAUCGAAAUGGACACAGGUAGUUUACAUCAUUGCCUUGAUCGCGACCGGAGCCGAACUCUUCCUUGGUAUAUUCGCCAUGUGCUCUAGAGCCGCUUCGUGUGUUACAUAUAUUAUCUCCGGCUUCAGCACCACCGCUGUCAUCGCCGCAUCCAUCAUGGCCACCGUCCUCUGUUCUGUCACUGUUGGCGCUAUCAAGACAUCCGCUAAAGCCUACGGAAUCGACGCCUCCAUCGAUACGCAUUUCCUCGCUGUCACAUGGCUCGCCGUCGUAUUCAGCAUUGCGAGCAGUUUCUUCUGGGUCUUUACCAUCUGUUGUUGCGCGGCUGAUCAUCACAAGAGCCCCAAGAAUAACAGACGCAGUAUCAAUGAUCAAGAGAAGUUGCUUCCGCAAAGUAUGGCGUAUCAGAAGAUUGAUGGCCCGGAAUCGGGGUACAUUGCUCAACAACAACAAGGCAUCUAUCACCCACAACAACAUCAACCUACACGCACUGGUGCUUAUGAGCCCUAUUCUCACGGUGCUAUCUAA